UAUGCGAGUCCCCGUCCUGCUCAUGCCAACAUGAAUGCCAAUGCAGCUGCAGGGCUUGCACCCGAGCAUAUCCCUACUCCAGGUGCGGCCCUUUCCUGGCAGGCUGCUAUUGAUGCUGCCAGGCAGGCCAAAUUGAUGGGUGCUGCCGGCAAUGCAACAAUAUCUACCGCCAGCUCGACACAGAGGAAGCGGCAGCAGUACGGGAAACAGAAAAAACAGGGUACCACCACAGCUACACGGCCUCCCCGGGCAUUGCUGUGUUUAACACUGAAAAACCCCAUCCGGAGGGCAUGCAUCAGUAUUGUUGAAUGGAAAUAUCCUUUUUGACCAUUUGAAAUUAUUAUUUUACUGACUAUUUUUGCCAAUUGUGUGGCCUUAGCUAUCUAUAUCCCCUUUCCAGAAGAUGAUUCCAACGCUACCAAUUCCAAUCUGGAACGAGUGGAAUAUCUCUUUCUCAUAAUUUUUACAGUGGAAGCAUUUUUAAAAAUAAUAACAUAUGGACUCCUCUUUCAUCCUAACGCUUACCUCCGCAAUGGCUGGAAUUUACUAGAUUUUAUAAUUGUGGUAGUAGGGUGAGUACUUGCAAUUUUAGAACAAGCAACCAAAGCAGAUGGAGUGAAUUCAAUAGGAGGCAAAGGCGCUGGAUUCGACGUUAAAGCACUUCGGGCUUUCCGAGUAUUACGCCCCUUACGGCUGGUAUCUGGAGUUCCUAGCCUUCAGGUGGUUUUAAAUUCCAUUAUCAAGGCCAUGGUCCCUUUGCUGCACAUUGCCCUGCUGGUGCUGUUUGUCAUAAUUAUCUAUGCCAUCAUUGGACUCGAGCUCUUCAUGGGGAAGAUGCACAAGACUUGCUACUUGUUAGGGGUAACAGACACACCGGCAGAAGAGGAUCCCUCUCCUUGUGCGCCUCACUUAGCACAUGGGCGGCAAUGUCAGAAUGGCACCGAAUGCAGAGCAGGAUGGGAAGGACCUAAGCACGGCAUUACCAACUUUGACAACUUUGCCUUUGCCAUGUUAACUGUGUUUCAGUGCAUCACCAUGGAGGGCUGGACAGAUGUCCUGUACUGGAUGCAGGACGCUAUGGGCUAUGAAUUACCCUGGGUGUACUUUGUCAGUCUGGUCAUCUUUGGAUCCUUUUUCGUACUUAAUCUGGUUCUUGGUGUGUUGAGCGGAGAGUUUUCUAAAGAAAGAGAGAAGGCAAAAGCUCGGGGUGACUUUCAGAAGUUGCGGGAGAAACAGCAGCUGGAGGAGGACUUGAAAGGCUACCUGGACUGGAUAACUCAAGCAGAAGAUAUUGACCCAGAAAAUGAAGAUGAAGGAAUGGAUGAGGAGAAGCCCCGAAACAUGAGCAUGCCCACCAGUGAAACAGAAUCUGUGAACACUGAUAACGUGGCAGGAGGUGAUAUUGAGGGAGAAAACUGCGGAGCACGGCUGGCGCAUCGGAUCUCUAAAUCUAAGUUUAGCCGCUACUGGCGCAGAUGGAAUCGGUUCUGCAGGCGAAAGUGUCGAGCUGCUGUCAAAUCUAAUGUGUUCUACUGGCUAGUGAUCUUCCUUGUGUUUCUCAACACCCUCACCAUUGCCUCUGAACAUUACAACCAGUCAGACUGGCUCACUGAAGUCCAAGACACUGCGAAUAAGGUACUGCUGGCUCUUUUCACGGCUGAGAUGCUGCUGAAGAUGUACAGCCUGGGUCUUCAGGCCUAUUUCGUGUCUCUCUUCAAUCGCUUUGACUGUUUUAUUGUGUGUGGAGGAAUCCUGGAAACCAUCUUGGUGGAAACCAAAAUCAUGUCACCACUGGGUAUCUCAGUGCUGAGAUGUGUCCGACUGCUGAGAAUAUUUAAAAUCACAAGGUACUGGAACUCCUUGAGUAACCUGGUGGCUUCCCUGCUCAACUCGGUCCGCUCCAUUGCCUCCCUGCUGCUGCUCCUCUUCCUCUUCAUCAUCAUCUUCUCCCUCCUAGGAAUGCAGCUGUUUGGGGGAAAGUUUAACUUUGAUGAGAUGCAAACCAGAAGAAGCACAUUUGACAACUUUCCCCAGUCACUACUUACUGUGUUCCAGAUCCUGACUGGGGAGGACUGGAAUUCGGUGAUGUAUGAUGGAAUCAUGGCUUAUGGCGGCCCCUCUUUUCCAGGAAUGUUGGUCUGUAUUUACUUCAUCAUCCUCUUCAUCUGUGGAAACUACAUACUGCUGAAUGUCUUUUUGGCCAGUACUGUGGACAAUGUUGCUGAUGCUGAGAGCCUGACAUCUGCCCAAAAAGAAGAGGAAGAGGAAAAAGAAAGGAAAAAACUAGCUAGGACGGCUAGUCCUGAAAAGAAACAGGAGCCUGAGAAGCCAGCUGUAGAGGGGGAGACGAAGGAGGAGAAAAUUGAGCUGAAAUCGAUCACUGCUGAUGGAGAGUCUCCGCCUUCUAACAAGAGCAAUGUAGAUGAAUAUCAGCCUAAUGAAAAUGAAGAAAAGAAUCCCUAUCCUACCACAGAAACGCCAGGAGAGGAAGAAGAAGAAGAGCCUGAGAUGCCCGUUGGCCCUCGUCCACGUCCAAUGUCUGAACUACACCUCAAAGAGAAAGCAGUGCCAAUGCCAGACGCCAGUGCUUUUUUCAUCUUCAGCCCCAGCAACAGGUUUCGGGUCCACUGCCAUCGCAUCGUUAACAAUAACAUUUUCACCAACCUGAUCCUCUUUUUCAUCUUGCUCAGCAGCAUCUCUCUGGCAGCUGAGGACCCUGUCCGUCACUCCUCCGUUAGGAAUCAAAUCCUCUUUUAUUUUGAUAUAUUUUUUACUGUCAUUUUCACCAUUGAAAUUGCUCUGAAGAUGACGGCUUAUGGGGCUUUCCUUCAUAAAGGAUCCUUCUGCAGGAACUACUUCAACAUCCUGGACCUGCUGGUGGUUAGCGUUUCUCUCAUCUCCUUUGGGAUCCAGUCUAGUGCCAUCAAUGUGGUGAAGAUACUACGAGUCUUGCGAGUGCUCCGACCACUGAGGGCCAUCAACAGAGCCAAAGGACUGAAGCAUGUUGUCCAGUGUGUGUUUGUAGCCAUCCGGACUAUUGGGAACAUUGUGAUUGUCACCACGUUGUUGCAGUUCAUGUUUGCCUGCAUAGGAGUUCAGUUGUUCAAGGGCAAAUUGUACAGCUGCAGUGAUAGCUCCAAACAAACAGAAGCAGAGUGCAAGGGCAAGUUUAUUACUUACAAGGAUGGGGAGGUCUCCCAUCCAAUACUGAACAUCCGAAACUGGGAGAAUAGCAAAUUUGAUUUUGACAACGUCCUCACUGCCAUGAUGGCCCUCUUCACCGUUUCAACCUUUGAAGGCUGGCCAGAACUGCUGUAUCGAUCUAUUGAUUCCCAUCUGGAAGAUGUGGGGCCCAUCUAUAACCACAGGGUGGAGAUCUCCAUUUUCUUCAUUAUCUACAUCAUCAUCAUCGCUUUCUUCAUGAUGAACAUCUUCGUUGGUUUCGUCAUCGUCACUUUUCAGGAGCAAGGAGAGCAGGAGUAUAAGAACUGUGAGCUGGACAAGAACCAGCGGCAGUGUGUAGAAUACGCUCUGAAGGCUCGCCCCCUGCGAAGGUACAUCCCUAAAAACAAGUACCAGUACAAAGUUUGGUAUGUGGUAAACUCCACAUAUUUUGAAUACCUCAUUUUCAUCCUCAUCAUGCUGAAUACCAUCUGCCUGGCCAUGCAGCACUAUGGCCAGAGCUGCCUCUUCAAGGAAGCAAUGAACAUUCUCAACAUGCUGUUCACCGGCCUCUUCACUGUCGAGAUGGUCUUGAAAUUAAUUGCCUUCAAACCCAAGGGUUACUUUAGUGAUCCUUGGAAUGUUUUUGACUUCCUCAUCGUAAUUGGCAGCAUUAUAGACGUCAUUCUCAGUGAAACUAAUCCAGCUGAACAUACCCAAUGCUCUUCCUCUAUGAACGCAGAGGAAAACUCUCGCAUCUCAAUCACCUUUUUCCGACUCUUCCGUGUGAUGCGUCUGGUGAAGCUCUUGAGCCGAGGGGAGGGCAUCCGCACGCUGCUUUGGACCUUCAUCAAGUCCUUCCAGGCUCUCCCCUAUGUGGCUCUUUUAAUAGUGAUGCUGUUUUUUAUCUAUGCUGUGAUCGGGAUGCAGGUGUUUGGUAAAAUUGCCUUGAAUGAUACCACAGAAAUCAACAGGAACAACAACUUUCAGACUUUCCCUCAAGCAGUGCUGCUACUUUUCAGGUGUGCUACUGGUGAAGCAUGGCAGGAAAUCAUGCUGGCAUGCCUCCCUGAUAAGAAAUGUGACUCUGAUUCCUUGGAACAAAACAACUCUACCGAAGAUGAGUAUUCCUGUGGAAGCAGCUUUGCCAUCUUUUAUUUCAUUAGUUUCUACAUGCUUUGUGCCUUUCUAAUUAUUAAUCUUUUUGUUGCUGUUAUCAUGGAUAACUUUGACUACCUGACACGGGACUGGUCAAUUCUUGGACCUCAUCAUCUGGAUGAGUUUAAACGUAUUUGGGCUGAAUAUGAUCCUGAAGCUAAGGGACGUAUCAAACACUUAGAUGUGGUAACACUUCUGCGUCGGAUACAGCCUCCACUGGGCUUUGGCAAGCUCUGCCCUCACCGAGUGGCUUGUAAACGCCUUGUCUCCAUGAAUAUGCCACUGAAUAGUGAUGGGACUGUCAUGUUUAAUGCCACUCUUUUUGCACUGGUCAGAACAGCACUGAGGAUUAAAACAGAAGGUAACUUGGAGCAAGCCAAUGAAGAGUUGCGUGCAAUCAUUAAGAAAAUCUGGAAGCGUACCAGUAUGAAGCUUCUGGAUCAGGUUGUCCCCCCAGCAGGUGAUGAUGAGGUAACGGUUGGAAAGUUCUAUGCCACAUUCCUAAUCCAAGAGUAUUUCCGGAAAUUCAAGAAACGCAAAGAACAGGGCCUUGUUGGUAAACCUUCACAGCGAAAUGCACUUUCUCUCCAGGCUGGUCUGCGUACAUUACAUGACAUUGGGCCAGAAAUCCGACGGGCUAUCUCUGGAGACUUGACUGCUGAAGAAGAGUUAGACAAGGCCAUGAAAGAAGCUGUUUCUGCUGCCUCUGAGGAUGAUAUCUUCAGAAGAGCUGGUGGAUUGUUUGGAAAUCAUGUCAGCUACUACCAGAGCGAUGGAAGAAGUUCGUUUCCUCAGACAUUCACCACUCAACGCCCUUUGCACAUCAACAAAUCUAGCAACAACCAGGGAGACACGGAAUCCCCCUCCCAUGAGAAGCUUGUGGAUUCCACCUUCACUCCAAGCAGCUACUCCUCAUCAGGCUCUAAUGCUAACAUCAACAAUGCCAACAACACUGCCUUGAGCCGCUUCCCCAGCCCACCAAGGUACCCCAGCACUGUCAGCACUGUAGAAGGCCACAGUACUCCUUUGUCACCCUCUGCACGGAUCCGGGAACCCCCAUGGAAGCUUGGUUGCAGAAGGUCCUGUUCUAGAGACAGCCAGGUGGCUAUUGUUUGUGAGGAGGAGCCUUCUCAGGAGGAAGAAACAUAUGAUGAGCGACUGAAUGAAGAAGUUGAAUACUGUAGUGAGCCAAGCUUGCUGUCUACUGAAAUGCUCUCAUACCAAGAUGAUGAACAUAGACAGCUAACUCCUCCUGAAAACUGCAAAGGGGAAGAUACCAGACACUCUCCAAAGAGUGGGUUCCUGCGUUCCGCAUCACUAAAUCGAAGAGCAUCCUUUCACCUGGAAUGCCUAAAAAGACAGAAAAAUCCAAGUGCGGUAGGCCCACAAAAGACAGUACUACCUUUGCAUCUGGUACAUCAACAGGCACUAGCAGUUGCAGGUAUGAGUCCUCUUCUUCAAAGAUGCCAUUCUCCUGUAAGAGCCUCUCGAUCAUGUACCACACCCUUCACUACACCAUGUACACAAAGCUGGCCGCAGCAGCCCAUUAAAACCUUACAGCUUGAUGGAGAGGAAUCUAAUGAGAAACUCAAUAGUAGCUUCCCAUCAGUACAGUGCAGCUCCUUAUAUUCUGAUGGCACUAACUCUGGCAGCACUCGAAAAGUGAGGCCAGUCUCCCUCACAGUUCCCAGCCAGACUACAGAGUGUGGGAGGCAAUUUCACGGCAGCGCUAACAGCCUUGUAGAAGCGGUCUUGAUUUCUGAAGGACUGGUGCAGUUUGCUCAAGAUCCAAAGUUCAUUGAAGUUACGACCCAAGAGUUAGCGGAUGCCUGUGAAUUGACGAUAGAAGAGAUGGAGAAUGCUGCAGACAAUAUUCUCAAUGGUAACAGCAAGCCAAGCCCCAAUGGCAAACUCUUGCCUUUUGUUAACUGCAGGGACUCAGGGCAGGACUGUAUGGGAGAGGAAGAAGCAGCAGCCCAGAACCCAGAUUGUAAAAAAAGUCAAGAGGAGUCUAAGGACAGCAGGAUUUAUAUCAGCAGCCUGUAG